AUGCCAAAAUCAUCACAGUACUCCCUGCCAGCGACCUACUAUCGCGGUGGCACCAGCAAAGCCCUUUUCUUCCGCGAGGAUGUCCUCCCAGAUCCCGGACCCCAGCGAGACCGCCUCCUCAAGCGAGCCAUGGGCUCUCCGGAACCCUUGCAGCUCGACGGUAUGGGUGGAUCCAAAGCAGUGACAUCGAAGAUUGCCAUCGUUCGUCCUUCAACACGAUCUGAUGCUGAUAUCGAUUUUACCUUCGCACAGGUAGGCGUAGCGCGGGAUUUUAUCCACUACGGUGCCAACUGCGGCAAUAUUUCUGCGGCGGUGGGACCGUUCGCGAUCGAAGAAGGGUUGGUCCAGUUCCGACCCGGGCGCUCGGUUCGGAUAUAUAAUACUGGGACGGGGAAGUUGUUGAGCGCGCAUUUUCCUGUUAGCGGAAGUGGCGCUUUUGAGCCGGAGGGGACACAUGAAAUUGCGGGUGAUCCGGGGAAGGGAAGCCCGGUAUUGCUGGAUUAUAGAUUUACAAUCGGGGCAGAGCUAUCAAGGGGAUUACUCCCUACCGGCAACGCAUCCGACAUGAUCACUGUGGCUGGAAAAGAGUUUGAAAUCACCAUCUGCGACAUUGCCAAUCUGUGUGUAUUCGCCAAUGCUCGCGACUUCAACAUCACUGGACACGAGACGGCCGCUGACCUGACCGCCAACUUAGACUGGCUGGCCAAGACGCAAGAGCUGUUGGGAAAGGCAGCCGUGCUUGCUGGAAUUCGUAUUCCGGACAGUGUAGUGAAUAGGGUCAUUGGGGAUGCGGUGGAGCUUGACACAUUGGAAAUCAGCCAUCCUGUCGGCACAAUGGCGGUGUUUGUGCAGACUGAGAUGCCGAUGAAAGACGAGCCAGUAUUCGAGACUUCUCGUUUGUUCGAACCGCCCGCCGCAUCAUGGCUGGAACUAUAUACGUACCCAGUAGCUUCAGGCCAGAUGCACCUGCGAAACGAUCAGUUUCCAAUGUUCUACCACUGGGUUAUGGGUCGCUUUCAUCUCCAAGUGACUUGUAUCUGGACUGCGUCAUUCGCAAUCGAUGUUACAAGACGUCCUGUUCAGGGUCAUAUCUGGAUUUGGCAUCAUGAUGGUUUCCUUCAUGUAUUAUUUGUCCAGACCCUGGGUGACAUGGGUGGGAAAAGUGCUUUGACCUUAUCGCAUUCCAAUGUACUCUGCGCUCAAGGAUGGUACAUGCUCUAG